UUCCAAGAACUCUUCGGUCUGCGUCUGCCGAAGCCAUGGGAUUUUUGGGUUUCAUUAUCUACUUUCACAAUUUAGUCCACCCAGCUUCACCUCUCUCUCUCCCUCUCUCUCUGAAAAACCAAGAAAAAGAGAAAAGAAAUGGCGAAGGAGCGCAGAGUGCUGAUGGUAUUGGGUGACUACGUCGAAGACUAUGAGGCGAUGGUCCCCUUUCAAGCUUUGCAGGCAUUCGGAGUCUCCGUCGACGCCGUCUGUCCUGCCAAGAAAUCCGGUGAUAUCUGCCGCACUGCCAUUCAUGAACUAUCUCCUGCUCACCAGACUUAUUCUGAAUCACGGGGUCACAAUUUUACACUCAAUGCUUCAUUUGAUGACAUUGAGUUUAACAAGUAUGAUGGAUUAAUAAUACCAGGAGGACGGGCACCUGAAUAUCUAGCUUUGGAUGCGUCAGUUGUAGAAUUGGUGAAACAAUUUGCUGACUCUGGAAAGCCAAUUGCCUCUAUUUGCCACGGGCAACUGAUCCUAGCAGCGGCAGGCUUAGUUAAAGGUCGGAAGUGUACAGCGUUCCCUCCUGUCAAACCAGUACUCGUUGCUGCAGGUGCUUACUGGGUGGAGCCUGAGACCAUGUCCGCUUGUGUUGUUGAUGGUAAUAUAAUUACCGGGGCCACAUACGAUGCCCACCCUGAGUUCAUUAGGCUAUUUGUUAAGGCAUUGGGAGGAAUCAUAACUGGUUCAGAUAGGAGGAUCCUUUUUCUCUGUGGAGACUUUAUGGAGGAUUAUGAGGUAACUGUGCCCUUUCAGUCCCUUCAAGCUCUUGGAUGCCAUGUUGAUGCAGUUUGCCCGAAGAAGAAAGCUAGUGAUAUCUGUGCAACUGCUGUCCAUGAUUUUGAAGGUGACCAAACCUACAGUGAGAAACCGGGCCAUAAUUUUACUUUAACAGCUGAUUUUGAAGCUCUAGACGUCUCAAGUUACGAUGCGCUUGUAAUCCCUGGAGGUCGAGCUCCUGAAUAUUUGGCAUUGGAUGAGAAAGUUAUUGCAUUAGUGAAGCAAAUUUUUGAAGCCAGGAAACCAGUUGCGUCCAUCUGCCAUGGGCAGCAGAUUUUAGCUGCUGCUGGUGUUCUGCAGGGAAAGAAAUGUACUGCAUACCCUGCGGUGAAGCUUAAUGUGGUUCUUUCGGGAGGCACAUGGCUGGAACCUGAUCCAAUAGAUCGUUGCUUCACGGAUGGAAAUUUGGUUACUGGAGCAGCGUGGCCAGGCCACCCAGAGUUCAUUUCUCAGUUGAUGACAUUACUUGGUGUUCAAGUAUCAUUCUAGCUGCAUUUACCAGGUCAACCGCUUGUGUGAGUUAUGUUUAACUAUUAUUGUGAAAUAAUAAGAGAUGUAUGCCAUGUUCGACCAGAGAAGGGCGACAUGUAAGUUCUGUCUAAGUUGAUGUCUGUAUCUACGAGGGCGUACUCUUGCUUUGAUCUAUGUAUGCCGUAUUUCCAUGUAA